CCUUCUUCCCAGUCCUGCCCGUGACCUCCCCAUACCUUGUUGUUCCUCGGUUCCUGGAAGUGGGAAAGUGGUGGCCUAUGGGCUGAUCCCUGGAUGAGCUGUUCCCAGUCUCCAAGGCCUAGGUCCAGCUGACCCUGGGGGACCAGAUGCUGAAUGCCUCAGGACAUGCUCAAGGGCACAGCCAUUGUGAGAUCUGAGGAGGGCGUCCAGGAGGUUAUCUGCAAUGUGGCCCUGGGUGAUGAGAGUCGGGAGCAAUGGGAGAAUUUUACCUUUUACAGUAAGGGGGGCCGGGUCGAUGUUACAGGAGUGGUUAGUGGCCAUGACACAGGGAGAUUAAGGCAAAGGGGUGAAGCCUUACAGGCUCAGUAGGAGGAGAUGGGAAGAGUGUGGGUGGGAAGAGUGAAUAGCAGAUGAAGCAGAGCGUGAGUGGCCAGGGUGUCAGGUUAGAGAAGCUAGGAUACUCCAUAGGCAAAGAGGUGGGUGGAGGACGAGCCUUGAUCAAUAGGGGGGCAUGGUCAGCAAACUACUGGACAGUGGUCCAUCUUUAGGCUUCCCGGGGCUCAACCUGUCUCUGAGCCAGUUCAGCGUCCCUGAAGGGACUACCGUGAAUGUGACUUGUGCAGCCGGGGCCCGAGUCCAGGUCAUGCUGGAUGGUGUUCCGGCCACAGCACCAGGACAGCCAGUCCAGCUUCAGCUAAAUGCCACCGAGAAUGAUGACAGGCACAGUUUCUUCUGCAGUGCCAUCCUGGAAGUGGAUGGGGAGUUCUUGCACAAGAAUACCAGCGUCCAGCUGCAUGUCCUGUAUGGUCCCAAGAUUGACACAGCCAAACGUCCUCAGAGCUUGAUGUGGAAAGAGAGGCCUAUCUAUGUCCUGCAAUGCCAGGCCCGGGGCAACCCGGACCCCCAGUGUUUGCAGGAAGGCUCCAGCCAACAGGUACCCGUCGGGACCCCAUUCCUCGUCAAGUUAAACCAUAGAGGUACCUAUUACCUCCAGGCGACUACUCUCCGAAUACACACAACCUGACUGUGGUGAUUAACGUUCAAGGUGAGCCAACGCAAGGCCUUGGGUCAAGAUGGGAAAAUU